UUGACUGCGGGAGGAGGCGGAAAAUCAGUGGCAACAUACGAAUAUCGUUGCGAGAUGAAUAAGAGGCACGAUAGACUUCAUCACAGUCACUCGUCGCGCUAGUAGUGAAGAGACACACACUAAAAAGCAGCACCACAUCCUGGGCUAUCAGACCCCAACGAGCGUGAACCAACAUGCAUCACUAUGCUAUGAUAUCACGCACUUGAGCACCCUCUAUUGACAAGCAGAUUGCUGGCGAGCGAUGGGUAGUUUAUCAUACACACACUGGUGCCAAAGCUAAAGCUGACGAUGACAGCUCGACACUGCUCUCUAAGACUGCUCAUGGGCCUGACUGCACUAUCUCUUCUCGAUAAACGAGCGAGCAUUGUCGUGUUCGAUAUUUCAAGACAGUUGGCUGUUAGACUCUUUCUGUAAACAUCUAGUUCGUGCAUUUCUUUCUUCUGUGGUUCAGGAAAGUAUUGCUGGGAGAGGGCCAGACUUUCACCUUACCCUGGCACGAGAUCCAGACGACUAAGAAACUUCUGCCAGGAGUGAGCGGAACUUGGAAUAAACGAUCACUGACACCAUUACGUAGAUUCAGUUACACGUGUGUUUCUAUUACGGAGUUGUUACUCUCUUCUCGAGGCUCACACCCGCUCUACCCCGGCGGGCUUCAAGCUGAUCAGAAUACUCCGGGAAGUCUGUGUUGGAUGCGCAGAGGAGGAGAGCGCUAGCUGCUCUAACAACUGGGCUAACGGCAUGGUUGACCGCCCGUGACGUUGCAAGGCAUUGGUGCAGAUUUCUUUUAAGACAUAAGAGCAUGAUGAUGAUGAGGAAGAUGGUAAGACGGAAGAUGAUGUACGACUGGGCGCAACAUCUUCUUUGAGGAAACACACUGUGAGAUUUUCUUUACGGCCGGUGCAGCGAACCAGCUCUGCGUGUCAGAAAAGCUUUAUCUCAGGGAAACCAAAGCAAACAUUGGGCACAGAAUGACGUGGGAUAUGACGAUCUGCAUUUUCUAUCUUCUCAUAAUGAGGACACUGGUGGCUCCGCAAAGUGUUCCAGACCUGGGUCCAAUAGAGACGAUAUCAACGGGGCGCAUUCUAGGCAAGAGGAUGUCAGUUUAUGGCAAAACAGUCGAUGCUUUCCUCGGGAUCCCAUACGGCGAAUCCCCCGAGGGGCCCCUUCGUUUUAAACCCCCACUGCCACGCUCACCGUGGCAAAGAACCUACAACGCCACCAUGUUUGGAUUUGGGUGUUUCCAGUUACCAGACGAGACCUUCAAAGAUUUCCGUGGAUCUGAAAUGUGGAACCCGAAUGUGAACUUACACGAGGACUGCCUGAAUCUGAACGUCUGGGUACCGUACCCACGACCUUCGAACUCCACAGUUCUUGUGUGGAUCUACGGUGGUGGCUUCUACUCGGGCGUGGCCUCGUUGGAUGUGUACGACGGGAAGACGCUAGCGGCGGAAGAAGGGCUGAUCGUGGUGUCAAUGAACUACCGUGUAGGGGUCUUUGGGUUUCUUGCUAUGGACAGCCCAAGUGCUCCGGGGAACCAAGGGCUUCGUGAUCAGGUGCUAUCACUACAAUGGGUACAAGACAACAUCCAUGUGUUCGGAGGGGACCCUGACAAGGUGACUCUGUUCGGUGAAAGCUCUGGUGCGGCCAGUAUUGCAUUUCAUAUGGUGUCACCGUUGAGCAGGCACCUCUACCAACGCCUGGCCGUGGAAAGUGCUUCAGCCACCGCCCCUUGGGCUUACUACACAAUGGACGUAGGAUUGGAGAGGGGAAUGAUACUUGCCGAACGUCUCGAAUGUGUCGAGGAUGUUAACGGGGUCACAUUGACCAAGGAACAGGUCGUCGAUUGUUUGCGAGGGAGAGACGUCAUGGAGAUUCUCCAGUGGCAAUGGGUCACGGGGAAAUUCGUCGAGUUUCCCUUCGUACCAGUCAUCGACGGCACUUUUCUCACCGAACGCCCUCAGUCGUCGAUAGAGAGAGGGGCCUUUAAGCAGUGCGAGGUGCUUUUAGGCAGUAACACAAACGAAGGGAUGUGGUUUAUAUUGUACGAGGUACCGGGGUACUCCAAAUCUCACACGAGCUUACUGGAUCGAGAAAAGUACGUGACGGCUAUCAAAUACUGUUUCCAUAAAGUGAACUCGUUUGGGAUAAACGCUAUUGAUUAUGAAUACACGCCGUGGCUAAGUCCGAACGACCCGGUCGCCUUGCGGGACGCUGUGGAGCGCGCCGUGGGGGAUUAUCUGUUCGCGUGCCCCGUCUACGAGCUCGCUGCGGCCGUGGCAAACGCCGGCAACCCGGUCUACCAUUAUAGGUUUACGGACCGAGCCUCCAAUAACCCUUGGCCGUUGUGGAUGGGCGUUUUACACGGUGACGAGAUCGCAUACAUCUUUGGGAUACCUCUGGAUCCAGACAGCGGGUACAACAAAGCUGAAGCAGAGCUCAGUCGGAAAAUGAUGAGGUACUGGGCUAACUUUGCAAGGACAGGAAAUCCCAAUAAAGCGGACGAAGAUGACCCAGACGGUGACUGGCCUCUCUACACCAUGGACAGCCAGAAGUAUUUCACUCUUAAUAAGAGUAUUAACAAUGGUGAUGUCUUCAUUGGUCAUGGGCCAAGGGCAAAGGAGUGUGCAUUCUGGAGGGAGUAUAUUCCAUCGUUGGUUACUCAGACAGGUGAUAUUAGUGAAGCCGAGAGGAAAUGGAAGCAGCAGUUCGACGACUGGAGCACGAAAUACAUGGUCAACUGGAAGGCUGAAUUUGAUAACUACGUCAAUGGCAAACAGUGUAGUAGCGAUGAAGAUGACAGCCGGUAGGGCCAUAAAAAAAACCCACAUAUUUUCCACUGUCUCUACAUGUUAUCCACUUUUCCAACGUUCAUCUUCGACAAACUGACAACGUUAAUUUACUGUCAUGUUUUGAAUACUUUGCUGAGUGAUAAUCAUAGUCACCUCAUCUAAAGUUCUAUGACUUUUUCGCCAAGUGAUUGUAUUCCCUUCUAGCCACACAUAGUAAUUGGUGACAGUAUCCUUCUGGUGGUGUUAAGGGAGGGGAGUUUGCUGAAAACCACAUAAUAAUUCCGAGCCCAUAAGAAUAACAUAAAACAGAACCCUUGGAACUAAUUACCCCACCACCCCCCCCCCUCUCUUUGAUGUGAGAUAGUCCAUGCAGUCUAGGAUCCCCAAAACGUUCAAAUAAUAGUUGUGGGUUUUUGUUUUACAACUGGGAAUUCAAUGAAACACAACACUCGUCCCGCCGAUGAGAAUACUCGGCCUCGUGACAGUGUAAGAGAGUGGACUGCUGUGAACUGUGUAAGAAGAUUUAAUAUUUUUUUUUGGGGGGGCUAGAAAUUGUUUCAGACAUGUUUAACAGUUUGGGAAAUAUUACAAAAUUGGUGCGUCAUGACAUUCGACGAUCCUUAUAUCAAUUUUAAUAAAAAUAUUAGCGCUUUUAUAAUCUUUUUAAUGAAGAUCAUAUGAGGAGUUUGUAGAUAAUAGCCAUGGUUUUGAUUAGUGUUUGGUUUUAUGAUAGUUAGACCAACAGCAAUAUUAUCCUGUAUAGGUUUACCUUUUAUUAUGUAAAUAAUAUGAUUAUUGAAAUUUAUCAGCGAAUUAUUGUUUUGUAUUGAACUUGCUUCUACAAUGGAAGUCUUUGAAACGCUAGGUGGCAGCAGACUUACCAGAUAAAGUUAUUUUGUGUUUACUUAGUUCUGAGCGUGCGCACAUUACCGAGAACGGUUGGUCCCACAGCGUGCACAAUUCUCCUACAUUGAUAGUAAUACUUUCUCAUCUACCAAGUAGUGGCUAGUUGUUGCUGGUAGCCAAACUUACACUCGCCAAUCAUUGGUAGAAGUUGCCUUUAAAUUGGGCCCUAUAUGUGGUGCAGCAUUCUUGAUCGAGUUCGGACGGUGUGUUCUUGGAUGCCCAAGAACACGUAGGAUGUAUCUACCGUCCGAACGAUGAUGAUGUUGUGCCAUUUUGUGCAGUAUUGUUCUCCAAUGAUCCCUGCUGAAAGGUGGUGUGUGAUCUUGUUCCGAGUGUAUUGUUCUCGGGAUGUGUUCUUACCGUCCGGGCGUGAAAGAACAAUGAACUUGUGCCAAGAACACACAGCCCGAAAUCAGCCCUUUAGAUAAUGGGUGCGUUCGUUUGGCUUCCCUGGGUCGACCCCGGUCUGUCCCGGUACGUUCGAAUAGCUUUGAUGGGGG